AUGAUUGUGAAGAAUUUAUCUGCAGAAAACUACCGUAUCUCCGGUUUUCGCCUGAAGGACGACCACCAAGGCUUUGGCAAUGUCGCGGAUUUGAGGUCUGCGCUCAUUCAGUUAGGCAUUUCGCAUGAAGAUGUCUUUAAGUGCCAGCUCACCCGCGAUCAACUAGUAUCGGCUAUUUAUACGCGCGUUUUGAGGAUGAUUCUAAUGCGAGCAAAUACCUCAUUGGGAAGUCUUAUGGGUCUCGAAGAGAACAUUGAUAUGAAAAGAGCAGGUAAGCUUUAAUA